AUGCAAAAUGGAAAGGUAAUUGCAUAUGCAUCGAGGCAAUUGAAACCUCACGAGGAAAACUACCCUACUCAUGAUCUGGAAUUAGCUGCAAUCAUUUUUGCACUAAAGAUUUGGAGGCAUUACGUGUAUGGGGUGAAGUGUAGGAUCUAUACAGACCACAAAAGUUUAAAGUACAUCUUCACCCAAAGAGAUCUAAACUCAUGCCAAAGGAGAUGGUUAGAAUUUGCAACGGACUACGACCUAGACAUACAGUAUCAUGAAGGGAAGACAUAUGAAGUCGGAGACACUCUAAGUCAUAAGACUAGCCAUGGAAUGAAAACUUUGAUAGUGGCUGAUGAAUUGUGUAGAGAAAUGAGCAAAAUGAAUUUAGAAGUGGUGGAAUGGGGAGUACAAGCGGGAAUACUUGCAAAUCUAAGCAUUCAACCAACAAUAUUUGAUGAGAUAAGAGAAAAUCAGGCAGGUGAUGUAAAGUUGGAUAGGAUUUGUGAGAAAAUAAAACAAGGACAAGCUACAGAUUUCAUGAAGAUGGGAGUUUUAGGUACAAGGGUAGAUGUGUUCAUACCACCAAUGAAGGAGACCUGGAAGAUGGAGCAACUUGCAAAAGCUUACAUCAAGAAUGUUGUGCGGUUACAUGGAGUUCCAAAAUAUAUUGUGUUUAACAGAGAUUCUAGGUUUCUUUCAAAGUUUUGGAAGAGUGUUCAAGAAAAUUAA